AUGGAUUCUUUUACUUCAAAAGUCGCAGUGAUUACUGGUGGUAGCCGGGGAAUCGGGUAUAAUGUUGCAGCAGCCCUUGUCGACCGAGGUGCCAAGGUCGUGCUCGGCGAUAUCCUAGACCAGCAAGGCGAGGAUGCAGCAAGAGAGUUAAACGAGAGAGUAGGAAAGCAAGUUGUCGCGUACCUUCACACGGACGUGACAAAGUACAAGGAUCUCAAAGCUUUGUUUGCAUUGGCGGAGAAAUUAUUUGGUGGCGUUGAUAUAGCUGUCUUGAAUGCCGGUAUUACUGGAAAGGGUUCAGGCGGCAUAUUUACACCACUUGAUGGCGAUAAGGUGGCCCUUCUUCAUAUGGCUAAGAGUGGAAAAGGAGGCGUUAUUGUAAAUACAGCUUCUUUGUCUGGUGUUUUGCCCGCAUCUCCGAUAGCUGCAUAUAGCGCCUCUAAGUUUGCUGUUGUCGGAUGGACGCGUAGCCUAGCACAUAUGAAACAUGUUGCUAAUGUUCGCGUUAAUGCAGUAUGUCCUGCUGUGUGUGACACCGACAUUAACUCAAACCUUGAUGAUCAAUCAACAAGCGACUAUCUUGAGUUUUCACCAAAAGUUCAAAUGGAGGUAAUAGUGCAAGCCUUUUUGCGAUGCAUUGAAGAUCCUCGUUUGUCCGGCGACAUAUUGAUGGCCUUGCCGGAUGGUGUUCAUGUUCAACCAAAAUAUAUAGCACCAGCUAGCUCUGUCAGCAAGGAGUAUCUUGAAAAGUUUCCAGAAAUCCGGAAGAGAGGUACCAAGUUUGCCAAAGAUAGUUUGGCUCAAGCCAUUGAAAAUGCUAAGCUUUGA